UCGGAAUUCCCAUAAUUUCGAAGAAGAAAAAUUCAAAAGGGUUCAGCAUUAGGAAACGACGUAGCCAUUACUCAGAACCCUCUCGUCUCUGGGAAACUGGGAAUUGAAAAACCUUGUUUUCCUUUGAAUUGAAAAUCCAAUGCGAUUGAGUUCUAUUCAAACCUAACUCAGUUCAAAGGAAUUAAGGUUUCUCAGUUCGAUAAUAACCACCGUAACUAAUUUAAUUUAUGUAACAAUAAACAAUUCAAUGGAAGAAGAACAGGAUCGAAUUUUGCUUUCUACUUUAGGCGUUCAAUCUGCCAAUCCUGAAGACAUCGAACGCCACAUUUUCGAUACGGCUAGGAAUGAUUCAGUGAAUGUUACAGAAGAUAAAGGGAAUAAUGUUGAAAAUGAAUGUGAACGUUUACCUGAAAACGUUGAUCCGUUGUCGAAAGCUAAAGCUGAACUUCAUCAGAAGUUAAGAGCAAUAGAAUUUGAAAUCGGUGCAGUUUCUUCGACAAUUGAAAGGCCGAGAGAUGUUGUUAAAAGUGAAGAAUGUGAGGAGAAUGAGAAUUUGGAGGAAGGGAUUGAUGAGGGUGGUGGUUCGGAACUUCAACGUGUUCUUGCUGCCGAUAGGUUGAGGAGUUUGAAGAAAACGAAGGCUCAAUUGGAGAAAGAGCUGAAAAGUUUGUCGAAGGAUUGUGAUUUGAAAAGUACUGAGAGUAAAAAAGUUAUCUUUAGUUUAGUUAAGGAAGAUAGAAAACCAAAGAAGAAGCUUAUAGAUGAUAAGAAAGUAAGCAAAAGACCUGCAAAGCGGUUUAAGACAGUCUCAUUUGACGACGAUGAUGAUUUUGAUGCUGUUCUCGAUGCAGCAUCUGCAGGAUUCGUAGAAACUGAAAGGGAUGAAUUGGUUAGAAAAGGAAUGUUCACCCCUUUUCAUAAGUUGAAGGGGUUUGAGCGCGGCAUUCAACAACCCGAAGCAUCAACCAGUCGUAAUGCAGUUGAGCAAGAAAAUACCAACGAUCUUGCUUAUUCCAGUGUUGAAAGAGCCGCCAGAUCAUUUUCUCAGGCAGCAAAAGUUCGCCCAACCUCCAAGCUGCUUAGGCCUGAAGAGGUACCAAAGCUUGAUGCACCCACUAUUCCUUUUCGCAGGCUCAAGAAACCAAUGCAAUUACCCAAACCUCUAGACGACAAUGAGGGGGAUCUGAAUACAGAUUCAAAAAGGAAAAAGAAGCGACCUGGGCCUGGUAGGAAAUGGACCAAGCGUGUUUCUUCCGAGGAUAGACAACUGGGUGAAAGUGAAAAUGCUAAUGGUUGCUUGGACAAUUCCAGUUGUGAAAGUUUAGAAGAAGCAAAUGAUGUUGAACUUUCUGAACAUGAAUCUUCGUAUGUAACAUUAGAAGGUGGGUUGAAAAUCCCUGAUAACAUAUUUGAAGCUCUGUUUGACUAUCAAAAGGUUGGUGUUCAAUGGAUGUGGGAGUUGCACUGCCAAAGAGCUGGUGGAAUUAUUGGUGAUGAGAUGGGUCUUGGUAAAACUAUACAAGUAUUGUCAUUUCUGGGUGCUUUGCAUUUUAGUGGCAUGUACAAACCCAGCAUUAUUGUCUGUCCUGUUACACUCCUGCGACAAUGGAAAAGGGAAGCUAAAAAGUGGUAUCCUAAAUUCCAUGUUGAACUUUUACACGAUUCUGCUCAGGAUCUGGCUUCUAAAAAGAAGCGAGCUGAAUCCGAUGGAACAGACUCUGAAAGCAAUAGUUCAAGCGACAAUGAUUAUGAGAAAAGUGUACCGUCUAAAAAUACAAGAAAAUGGGAAACCCUGAUAAAUCGUGUCAUGAGAUCAGAAUCUGGAUUACUCAUCACCACUUAUGAGCAGCUAAGGAUACUUGGAGACCAGUUGCUUAACAUUGAAUGGGGUUAUGCAGUUCUUGACGAAGGGCAUAAAAUUAGGAAUCCAAACGCAGAAGUUACCCUCGCUUGCAAACAGCUACAAACUGUACACCGCAUAAUAAUGACUGGUGCACCUAUUCAGAACAAACUGAGUGAGUUAUGGUCGUUGUUUGAUUUUGUUUUCCCUGGAAAAUUGGGUGUUUUGCCUGUGUUUGAAGCCGAGUUUGCAGUUCCUAUAAGAGUUGGUGGAUAUUCAAAUGCUUCUCCAUUACAAGUAUCCACAGCAUACAGGUGUGCGGUGGUGCUGCGUGAUUUAAUUAUGCCUUAUCUUCUCCGACGAAUGAAGGCUGAUGUAAAUGCUCAGCUUCCAAAGAAAACUGAGCACGUUCUGUUUUGCAGUCUUACAUCAGAGCAAGUAUCUGCUUAUAGAGCAUUUUUAGCAAGCACUGAGGUGGAGGAAAUAUUGGAUGGAGGCAGGAAUUCACUUUAUGGAAUUGAUGUGAUGCGUAAGAUCUGCAAUCACCCAGACCUACUUGAAAGGGAACAGGCCUCCAGCAAUCCAGAUUAUGGAAAUCCUGAACGUAGUGGGAAAAUGAAAGUUGUAGCUCAAGUGCUUAAUGUUUGGAAGGAGCAGGGCCACCGUGUUCUUCUUUUUACUCAAACCCAACAAAUGCUUGACAUUUUUGAGAAAUAUUUGACUACUUUUGGACAUAUUUACCGGAGAAUGGAUGGUCUCACUCCUGUAAAACAGAGAAUGGCUUUAAUGGACGAGUUUAAUGCCUCCAGCGAGAUUUUUGUUUUCAUUUUAACAACCAAAGUUGGGGGGUUGGGGACAAAUCUUACUGGUGCAGAUAGAGUGAUCAUCUUUGACCCUGAUUGGAAUCCUUCGACUGAUAUGCAGGCUAGAGAGCGUGCAUGGCGAAUUGGUCAGAAACGGGAUGUAACAAUAUAUAGGUUAAUCACACGUGGAACUAUAGAGGAGAAAGUAUAUCAUCGUCAGAUUUACAAACAUUUUCUUACGAAUAAGAUAUUGAAGAACCCACAACAGAAAAGGUUCUUUAAGGCCCGAGAUAUGAAGGAUCUUUUUGUUUUGAAUGUGGAUGGAGAAACUGGGUCAACAGAAACGGCAAAUAUUUUCAGUCAAAUAUCAGAAGAUGUAAAUAUUAUUGGGGCACAUCAAGAAAAUCAGGAUAAUAAUGAAUAUAGUCAAACUGCUGAACUGGCUUCUGAAGAUGAUGCAGUUGGAGAUGAUGGCAAAUCAUGCAGAACAUCUUCAAGAGGAAAAGGGAAAGAGAAGGUUGACAAAAGUAAUGGGGUUGAUGAAGAAGCAAAUGUAUUGAAAAGUCUUUUUGAUGCUAAUGGGAUACAUAGUGCCAUGAACCAUGAUUUGAUCAUGGAUGCCCAUGAUGAGGAGAAGAUGAGACUUGACGAGGAAGCUUCCAAGGUUGCACAAAGAGCUGCAGAAGCUUUACGUCAGUCAAGAAUGAUCCGAAACCAUGAAAGCGUCUCAGUUCCUACAUGGACAGGAAGGUCAGGAGCUGCUGGUGCACCAUCAUCUGUUCGGCGGAAGUUUGGUUCAACUGUGAAACCCCAGUUGCUAAACAAUAGCAAAGCAUCUGAUGAAUCACCAAGCAGGGGAUCUAACAAAUUCAAUGGAUAUGCUGCUGGGGCUUCUUCUGGUAAGGCAUUAUCUUCUGCUGACAUAUUAUCCAAAAUUCGAGGUAAUCAAGAAAAAGCCAUCAGUGCCGGGCUUGAGCAUCAGUUUGGUCAGUCAAGGUCUGUAGAUGUUAGAACUUCCAAGGCUCCUGAAAAUUCAUCUGGAUUCCAACCUGAAGUAAUGAUUCGGAAAAUCUGCACCUUUUUUCAACAGAAAGGUGGCAGUUGUAGUUCAGACAGCAUAGUUCAGCAUUUCAAGGACAGGAUUCCCUCAAAAGAUCUUCCCCUGUUCAAGAAUAUGUUAAAGGAAAUAGCGACUCUGCAUAAAGGGUCAAAUGGUACCCAUUGGGUUCUGAAGCCAGACUAUCAAGUAUAAUAUGUUAUUUGCAUUACUUUGAUGCCGGCUGCUCAGUACUGCUGAUCACAGAAGUUCAGGGGAUACUCAUUACGUAGACUGAACAUUAGACGGUGAACCUUUUCCUAGUGUUUUAACGGGUUAAUUUUUUGUAUACUGAUAUCAAGUUUUUGUUGGGAUACGGGUGAGAAGAAUGCACAUUUGCAUAUUGGUGGUUUCUUACCACGAUUUUGUACUUGGGAAUAUGCUGCAAAUGGCAGUUUUGUAAAUCCUCUUUCUUUUAUUUGGUUCUGGUAUGGGUUUCUAAGUAGACAAAAAUGUGUGUGCGUAAAAAAGAACUUGUGAUGUUAUUGGUUUCAUGUGAACAUUUUUAAAUGGAGGGAACAUGGAUAUGUGGCAUGGAUUCACUGCAGUAGCAAAUUCACACACUUUGCUGCAGUAGUGAAUCCCGGUCGUACAUCUGCGAUCCAAUGACUGAAUACACAAUCUGUAUCUCGGUAGUUUCACAUAGUGA